AUGAUCAAACAGAUUCCUCGUUAUUUUCCAAAAUUAUAUUUUUCAUCAAUAGCAACUGAAUUAAAAUCAUCAAAUGAAGUAUAUGUUCCACCUUAUGAAAGACCAUCAUCAGAUGAUAUUGAUAAACUUCAAAAAUUUAUAUCACAUGCCAAACGAUUAUUUAUUAUAACAGGUGCUGGUAUUUCAACUGAAUCAGGGAUACCAGAUUAUAGAUCAGAAGGUGUUGGACUUUAUGCACGAACUGCAAAUCGUCCAAUGAUGUAUCAAGAAUUUUUAACUAAUCCAAAAAGAUAUAGAAUGUAUUGGGCUAGAAAUUAUAUUGGUUGGCCAACGUUUUCUGCUUUUCAACCUAAUGAAACUCAUAGAACAUUUGCUAAUUGGGAAGCACAAAAAAAAUUAAAUAGUCUAUUGACGAAAGCUGGAUGUGAACUAUUAAGUGAAUUACAUGGUUGUAGUGCAAGAGUUGUAUGUGUUGAUUGUGGUUAUAAAGGUCUUACGCGUGAGCAACUACAACAAAUUAUAUUCAGUCAAAAUCCUAUUUGGAUAGCACACUCAAAUGUUAUUAAUCCAGAUGCUGAUGUACAUCUAACGGAAGAACAAUUGGGCGAUUUUAAGCCACCUCGAUGUCCUCAAUGUUCUGGUCGAGUGAAACCAGAUGUUACUUUUUUUGGUGAUAAUGUCGAUCGCCGUUUAAUUACUUUUAUAAACGAACAAUUAAGUAAAAGUGACUCUGUUCUAGUCGCUGGUUCAUCACUCGAAGUAAUGUCAUCUUAUCGUUUUAUUCUUGCUGCACUACAACAUCAACUACCUAUUGCUAUUGUUAAUAUUGGUCGUACACGUGGUGAUCAUGCUGCUCAAUUAAAAGUCUCUACUCGUUGUGGUUCAAUAUUACCUCUUAUAAAAAUAGACUCAUAA